UUUUGUUAAACCACAAAACUGUAGACUUUGAAAUUGCCAACGUCAUGUGCAUAAGAUAAAGAAAUAAAUAUGGCAUAAGUCUUAACAAAGUCCUCUGAUAUGGCAUUUAAAUCCAGCUUUGAUGAGCUGAUCAAGGAUAUAAAGUCAAUCUCAUUUAGUAAUAACCCUUCAAAUGGAGAGACUGCUCAACCAGCGAGCAGUAAACCAGAUAACGGAGUAAAUAUGAAAUCGAAAUUCUUGGAAACAUGGAAUAACUUCAGAUAUGAUAUGAGAUCUGACCCAAGCUUUAAGAAAGACUCUCCACUAUGGUUACUUGGUAAAUGUUAUCAUCUCAAAAAGCCAAGCCUGUCAUCAGAUACAUCAGAAAAUGCAGAAGGCAGCCAACAAAGCACAAGUGAAAGUUAUAAUAUGCUUCCUAAACACCUCAAGUUGUUUCUGGUUGAUUUUCAUUCAAAACUCUGGUUCACGUAUAGAAAAGGCUUUCCCACUUUGAAUGAUACAAAUUUAACAUCGGAUACAGGAUGGGGUUGUAUGCUACGUACUGCACAGAUGAUGAUAGCUCAAAGUUUUAUAGUCCAUUUGUUGGGCAGAAACUGGCGUUGGACACCCUCGAGACUAAGCAUGGAGCAGUCUGACAUCCAUAGAAACAUUAUAACAUGGUUCCUUGAUGAACAAAAUAUCAGAUGUCCGUUUAGUUUGCAUCAGCUUACUGAAAUAGGUUUAAGUUAUCGUUGCAAGCCUGGCAACUGGUAUGGCCCAAACACUGCAGCUUACAUCAUGCAAGAUGCUUUAGAGUGCGCCAAGGGAAAGACAGAACUUCUAAACAACAUUAUGGUUUACAUUGCUCAAGAUAGUACAGUUUAUAUUGAUGAUGUCAUCGAGAUGUGUGAAUGGAAAAACACAGCCAGUGAUGCCGAUCUAAAAACCUCAACCACCUCAAGCAAUAGAUCAGUUAUUGUGUUGAUCCCUGUCCGUCUUGGAGAAGCAACACUGAACCCAAUAUACAUCCCAUGCAUUCAAUCCAUGCUGACGUUGGAUCAGAGUGUUGGAAUAAUGGGCGGGAAACCAAAACAUUCACUUUACUUUAUCGGAUUUCAAGAUGAAUAUCUCUUCUACCUGGACCCACAUUACUGCCAACAAGCUGACCACCCAGCUGCUUUCAAGAAUGAUCUGCUGCAAAAUUAUCAUUGUAAUUCACCCAGAAAGACAAAUAUCUCCAAGAUGGACCCAAGCUGCUGUCUAGGUUUUUACUGCCGCGAUUACAAAGACUUUCAAUCAUUUGUUUGUGAAGCAAAUAAGUUUUUAUCGCCUCCAAAACAGAAGAUGAGUUAUCCACUGUGUUUAAUAAUGAAGGGCAGUGCAUUAGAUCAUAGAAUAAGAAGAAAAUCUGAAGCUGACUCCUUUACAGUUAUUCCUACAAGCAGUGACGGUUUUACUGAAAUAGAGUUUAAUGAAAAAACUUUUGACACUGAAGAUAAAACGGACGGAGUGAUAGCAGUCAGUGAUGAUGAAAGCAAAGCCUCAAGUUCAACUGAUAAGUUCAGUUUUUCUCUUGCGUCCACCAAGUCACUAUUAACGAACAUUUAUAAAUCAAAAUCCCCAAAACCAGAUCGUAAAUUCCGCUCCAUGGAAGAGGAGUUUGAAUUAUUAUAGAAGUUUUCCUACAUUUUAGCUUUUAAUUUAUUUUCAAAGUUUUUCAUAAAAUAAAUAUUUAUUUCCGUUAAAUUUGUUGGGUAGGUUGAAUUUAACCUGCACUGUGAAGCAAAGAAUUCUGACACAGUUGUUGUACAAUGUAGAUCAAGUGUUGCUGUUUUUGUUGCAUAAAUACAUCUGCCGUCUGGGGUGCAAUAUUAACCUGUGUAGUGUAUACUCUACACCUACAGGGAACCUAUAUGGUCAUGCCAAGCACAUUUUGCCAGAGUUUAUCAGCCCACUUUUUGAACAAUGUCAAUCUGAUAAAUGAUUUUUUUAAACCGACGUUACCACUGUUUGCUGUUAGCAACCUAAAUGUUAACUUCACAGAAAUAUAACUUUAUGUUCUAA